AUGGCAGAAUACAGCAUCCCGGACGUGAUGAUUCAUCGCGUGAUUCCUUCCAUGUUCAACGCUGGGAAUUUUCCCAUGCAAUGGAUCGGCGAUAAUCCUACCCUCGACGAAAGGCGCCAGUACAUACACGACUAUGUGAAGUGGCGCUUGCCGCAUGAUGAUAUGGAGAAGCAGGAGAGAGAGCUGCGUGACUUGGCCGAACGAAAAGUAGCUAUGAAGCUUAUCAACGAGAACGUGGUCGAGAUUGGCGCGGAGCAGUUUGAAUGGCUGAUUGAUGAGAUGUUCUGGCAUACAUGGCUUGGCUACUUGGAAAAUACUCCGCCAUUCCCAUGGCCAUGUCCUACGCAAUCGGAUGAACUCGAGGAGCUCUCCCAGUCCUUUGACAAAUGGCUGGAUAUCUACAAGAGGGAGGGAGAUCUGGUGAAGGUCCCAGAGCAAGGCGACAGUACCUCAAGCGCAGAGCAACACAACGCUUCAGGCAACGAGACUACCGCGACGACCCAAGACUUGACCAUUGCUGAAACAAGUAACGGGAGUGAUCAUUUGCAGGAAUUGAGCGAGCAGCAAGAUGAACGAAUCGAGCGGAUGAACAAGAGAAUUCAACAGCAGGGUAGAAAAAUCUCCCAGAAGGACACGAAGAUCCGCCAGCGGGAUCAAGAAAUCUCGCAGAAAGAUAGGAGGAUCUGGGUCCUAGAGGAGCUACUGCGUGUGGGACGAGACCAGUUACAGCUAGAGCAGCAGCAGAAUCGAGAUUUGUUGCGACUGGAGCAAUGUCUUUUCCGGGCUUUGCAGCAGCAACUGAAUCAGCAGACGGACGACUUGCGGAAUCAGUGGCAACUGUUGCUCCAACAGCGUUCCACAUUGCCUCGGCACGAUGCGUCUAGGGAGUGA